AUGGACAUUUAUCAAUUUGAUAAUGAAGCUUUAUCUGACAACUCAACUACGGUAAGUAUUUCAAAUAUACACGAAAGAGAUGAUGAUCAUUCGACAGGAUUACAAGAUUUCACACCAAUCAGAGACUCCAUAUUGCAAUCACAAGUCAAAUACUAUUCCUUCAAUGUCAAUAAAACUGGGGUUGGUGAAAGUUAUCAAUUAAUUGUUUUCUUAACUGGAAAUAUCUGUUCACAACCACAAGGUAUAAACCCCAAUGAGACAUCUCUUGCAGUCUAUUAUUCAUUCAAUUCUACCAUGUUUACAAAUAACGAAAUUGGACAAAUGAAAUUAUUCCAAAGUGGUUAUUUCCAAGCUUUGGCAGCAUUAGAACCCCUGGAAACAACAGCCAGUGCCCCCAAGACCCAACCAGUAGAGCAAACGGUGUUAUAUAUAGCAGUACGUGCUCCUCAAAAUACAAACUUAACAGCCGAGUGGACUUAUCAAAUCGGGGUAUCCCAAAAUGAUUUAGUAUUCCAAUGGGAUGAGACAUCAGCCGUAAGCGUUGUCGAUGCCGAUGAUACCAAUGUCUUAUUAAUUACCAGGAAUUUAACUGUAGAUACGGAUGAUAUAUCUAGUUUAAAUGAUUCACAAGUUCCGUAUUCGGUAUAUGUCUAUCCAUAUGAAUUCAAGGAUUAUUUUGCCGGGAUUAAUAAUUCUUGGUGUGCUGUACGGAAUGGACCUUCGAUAUUUGGACCAGGUGAUUAUAAUACUUCAUACACGAAUAGAACUGGGGGGAUACAUCAACAAAUCUUCAUUCUGGGUUUGAAUAGUUCGACUAAAUACAUUGCCUAUACCAUUAAUGAUAAUUAUGGGACCGAAUAUGGUGGUUCUGUAUUUCAUCCAUUUGAAUUUGAAACUAUGGAAAGUUCCCCGUGUCAAUUGAUUUAUGAUUUAGAAUUCUGUCAAAGUGUAGCCUAUAGUGUCCCUGCCCCAGGGAAUCUGACCGGUCCUAAUCGAGAUAAAAAUGCCACGAAAUGGUUAUAUGAUUCAUACGCCCAAGAUCUUUAUACAAAUUUCAGUAAAGCAUUAAUGCAAAUCGCAUGUGAUACUGUUCCAGAAGCGAUAUUUUCAAAUUUAAAAACUUGUGAUGAUUGUGCAGAUAGUUAUAAAGAUUGGUUAUGUUCAGUUUCAAUCCCAAGAUGUUCAACCAAAAAUAUUACUGGAUAUAAAUAUCGAAAAGAUAAAGAAGAUCAUAGAAAUGAUUUCAUUAGGGAUGUAAUUCAACCUGAUCAACCCUAUUAUGAGGUCCUACCUUGCAUUGGAGUCUGUAAUGCAAUUGUACGUGAUUGUCCUGCACAAUUUGGAUUCGAAUGUCCUACAAAGAAUGAAUCGAUUGCGUUGAGUUAUUAUUGGCCCAGGAAAGGUCAAGCAAAUGAACAAUGGCCAUCUUGUAAUAGAGUUGGGAAGAUGGUGGUUAAGAUACAGAGUGCUGGUAAUAAGAGAAUGGUUAUAAAUUGGGUAUUACUCUGUUUAAAUGUUUAUGGUCAACAAGAAAUUGUUGAUACAGUUCGAAAAUUUGUCCAGACAGGUAAAUUACCCCAUUUGUUAUUCUAUGGACCUCCGGGUACAGGUAAAACAUCAACAAUCGUAGCAUUAGCUCGUGAAAUCUAUGGAUCCAAUUAUCGUAAUAUGGUACUUGAAUUAAAUGCAUCAGAUGAUAGAGGGAUUGAUGUUGUUAGAAAUCAAAUUAAGAAUUUCGCUAGUACAAGACAAAUCUUCUCAACUAAUGCUUUUAAAUUGAUUAUAUUGGAUGAAGCAGAUGCUAUGACUUCAGUAGCUCAAAAUUCAUUAAGAAGAAUCAUUGAAAAAUUUACCAAGAAUUGUCGAUUUUGUAUAUUGGCAAAUUAUUCUCAUAAAUUGAAUCCCGCUUUGAUUUCAAGAUGUACUAGAUUUAGAUUUCAUCCAAUCGAUGAAGCGGCUAUUAAAAGUAGGAUUGAAAAUGUGAUUACAAAAGAGCAUGUCAAGAUUGAUAAUGACGCCUUGGAUGCCUUAUUAAAAUUAUCCAAGGGAGAUAUGAGAAGAGCAUUAAAUGUGUUGCAAGCGUGUAAAUCCGCUAUAGGAGUUGAUAACCCUCAUGAUUCAAUUGAUUUAGAUAUGAUCUAUGAAUGUAUUGGUGCCCCACAUCCUCAAGAUAUCGAAACUGUCUUGGAUUCAAUUCUUAAAGAUGAUUGGACAACUGCAUAUAUCACAAUAAAUAAAUUCAAAACGGUAAAAGGAUUGGCAUUAAUUGAUUUGAUUGCUGGAUUUAUUGAAAUAUUAAAUAAUUAUAAAUUAAAACCAAAAACUAGAAUUGAAAUUUUUAAGAAUUUAAGUGAUAUUGAAUAUGGAAUAUCAAAAGGUGGUAAUGAUAAAAUUCAAAGUAGUGCCAUAAUUGGAGUAAUUAAAAAUGCAAUGGAAAAUGAACAAUAA